AGAAAACAGGGCUCCAGGAUUAUAUAUAUCGCCCACUCCAGUUUUGCUGGAGGGACCAACAGCAGCCUCCGGAUCAGAACUGUAACAGCCAGCGGUUGGAGGAAGAAUGUCUGGUUUCAGAGUGCUGUUGCUGCUGCUCUGCUGUGUGUCUCUGGCUCCCAGCUCCCCUGGUACGCUCGCAGUCUCCCUCAGGGCUCGCCGACUGUGUGGAGUUCACCUGGUGGACGCCCUGCUGUUUGUCUGCGGCGAGAGGGGACUCUUCUACCAGCCGGGAAGACGUGUCAGAGAGGAAGACAUACGUAUCAUGAUGGACAGUGUUCCUUCUCUUGAGGAGACCAGAGUUGUCCUGGACAAAAGCAGAGGAGGACCCAGCAGAGUGAUCUCAAAGAGGGGCAUUGUUGAGCAGUGCUGUCACUUCUACUGUGACUUCUAUGACCUGGAGAAUUACUGUAAGAACACAUAAGAGGCGUUGAUACUUAGAUUAGAGUCAUGCUUACACCUGCUUACUCAUGACAAAAAAACAUUUAGAAUGUCACAUGAACCGCAAAAUGUAGGAACAUCUAUUCUAAAGGGACUUAAAACUAACCUUGCAGUGAUUCGUAAUACUGAUGUAACAUUGAGAGGAGGGUUUGUGGAGCUCCAUCCUGAUUGUGUGUUAUGAGUGUGAGAAGGAACGGAACAGAAUGAUGUCAUGAAAGACUAUGGAAACCACAUUCAAAACAUUAAUAUAGACAACAUUCAUCUCAUGCUGCACUCAUGCUGCUGAACACUAUGAUACACAAUAAACUU